AUGGAGGCAAAGAAUUUGAGGUGGCAUGUAGAUAAGAGGAAGAAAGAUGGGUUGCUUAGACAUCCGGCAGAUUCUCUUCAACGGAAAGAUAUUAAUGAAGAAUUUCCAGAAUUCGGCAAAGAAGAUAGGAAUCUUAGGCUUGCGCUUUCUACAGACGGAAUGAACCCAUUUGGUAUUUCUGUUUUUGAUGCGUACGGUGAUGAGAUUUUCACGUUGCGUGCAUUGUUAUUUUGUACCAUCAAUGACUACCCGGCUUAUGGUAACUUGUCAGUGUAUAAGGUAAAGGGAAAAAAGCUAUGCCCAGUUUGUGAAGAUGAUAUGGAAUCAACCUGGUUGCCAAAUUCUAGAAAACAUGUGUAUCCAGUUCAUCGAAAGUGGCUAAAUAGGUUUCAUCCUUAUCGAAAGAAGAAAACUCUAUUUGAUGGCCAAGUGGAAGAACGUAGAUUUCGUAGACCAUCAUCUGGAAGAGAGGUUUACAACCGUGUUAAAGGCAUAGAGACGGAUUUUGGAAAAUCUGGGAAAAAUAAAGAAGAUGGAAUUUGGAAGAAGGAGUCUGCCUUUUGGAAACUGGAAUAUUGGAAGCAUCUGUCAUUUAGACAUUGUCUCGAUGUAAUGCACAUAGAAAAAAAUGUGUGUGAGGCCAUUUUGGGUACAUUGUUGAACAUGGAUAAGAAAUCUAAGGAUGGCAUUAAGGUGCGGAGAGACAUGCAACACCUGAAGAUUCGACCUCAUUUGUGGCCAAAGCUUAAGGAAAAGGCCAGAAAGGGGAAAGGUAAGUCUUAUUAUUUACCCCCUGCUUGCUACACAUUGUCUGAAGCUGAAAAAAGAAUAUUUAUGGAGUGUCUUUAUGAAAUUAAACUUCCUAAGGGUUACUCAUCGAAUAUAAGAAAGCUUGUGUGUAUGACCAAAUUGAAAUUACAUGCGAUGAAGUCCCAUGAUUGUCAUGUCAUGAUGCAAGUAUUCUUGCCCAUUGCAAUUCGUGGGAUUUUUCCUAAGCAUGUAAGAAAUGUCAUCACGAGACUUUGUUUGUUUUUCAAUACAAUAUGCAAUAAGGUACUUGAUCCAGAGGAAUUAGACAAACUACAAGCUAAUGUAGUUGUAACACUGUGCCAGUUUGAGACGUAUUUUCCGCCUUCGUUUUACGACAUAAUGGUUCAUUUAGUUGUCCAUCUUGUUCGAGAAAUCAAGCUUUGGGGUCCAGUGUUCAUGAGAUGGACUUAUCCUUUUGAAAGGCAUAUAGGGUGCAUGCAGAGAAAGGUGAGGAAUCCCGCACGACCUGAAGCUAGUAUGAUUCAAGGAACUAUGUCGGCGGAGAUUGGUGCGUUUAUUUCUGAAUAUAUGUCUAGAGAUGAACCAAUCGGACUUCCUAAAUCCCGACAUGAGGGUAGACUUGAAGGCAAAGGCACAAUUGGUGCUAAAGAUAUCAAUGUUCCAUUGGAGAAACAUAUGCAAGCACACUUAUUUGUACUACACCAACUCACAGAGGUUAGUCCGUACUUGGAAAAGCAUAUGCAGGAGUUAAGAGCUCGAAAUCCGACUAAAGCCGAACGUUCUUUGGUGUUGGAAUAUAAUCGCACUUUUACUGAUUGGUUUCAUGAUAAAGUCAUUGAUGAGUUAGAUGUUAAAGGCCACAAAAUCUCCAAUACGAUAAAAUGGCUAGCAUAUGAUCCACAAGAUACUUUGCACUCAUAUGAAGGAUAUGACAUCAAUGGAUAUACCUUCGAUACUCUACGUGAAGACAAAAAGUCAAGGUCUACGCAAAAUAGUGGUGUUACAAUGGUUGAAUCUUCUAGAGAUGAUGCAAGUGCUAAAGAUAAGAAUCUUUUUGAUGCAACAAAUCCGUAUUAUGGGGUUAUUCAGGAAAUAUGGGAGCUUUAUUAUAGUGAGAAAAUAAAGAUACCGCUUUUUCAAUGCAAGUGGGCAGAGAAUAAUCGACGUGGUAUUAAGCUUGAUGACAAUAAUAUGACUAUAGUCAAUAUGACACGGUUGCGCGACACUUCAGAGCCAUUCACAUUUGCAUCCCAAGCAAAGCAAGUUUUCUACAUAAGAGACAAUGUCGAUCAUGAUUGGUCUGUUGUUGUUAAAGGGAAGAGAUAUAUUCUUGGUGCUGGUGAUGUCGAUGAUGAAGAAGAGUACGAUCAGUUUGAUGACUCACCACCGUUCUCAAUUUCAGAGAGCGAUUUCCGCUCUUGUUCUAAAGUUGAAAGAUUCAAAUUUUUCAGAACUAUGGCUCGGGAUGAAUGUGAUGAAGAUAUGCUAGAAAAAGAUGAGGACUAUGAUGGCUUGAACGAGAACGACCAAGGUGAACCAGAAGAUAUAGCUAAUGACGAGUAUUUGCGUCGACUUGAUCAGUUUGAGGAGAUGGCUGAUGCUGCCGCCCUUCUCGGAGUUGAUGCUAAUCAUCCUACAGAGGAGUCAGUUAGCAUGAAAGGCAAGGGUAGGGGAAGGGGAUCAGGAAAAGCUAAGGGUCCGACAAAAGGGCUAGGAAAGACCGGGCCCAUGUUCCUUCAGUUUGACAGCCUUUUGCGUCCACCCGGCAAAUGGAGAUUGAAGUAUGGUCAACAGAUCGGUUUGUGUAGUCGCAAGUUGAAUAUUAAUUGGGAUUGGCCAAGUGUUAUCAAGGUUUAA